CUCUCCUUCCCUUCUUCUCUCUCACUCCGCCGUCUGUAAAGCCACCUUUGCUUUGUUCGCUUGAGCAGUUCGCUCCUCCUCUCCUCCCCCUCUAAACCCUCCUUCCCCCCCUCUCCGUAUUCUACCCAAGGCUAGGGUUCUAGAGUCCAGGAGCGUUGCGCCCGCGAUGGCCUCGCCGUCGGCCUUCGCGGCGGUGGCGGCAGCGGUCGUGAUGAUGGCGGCGGCGGCGGCUGCGCUGUGCUUCUCGGCGGCCGCGGCCGCUUCCCCGGUGGGCGGGCCCCACAUGGCUGACCUGAGCGUGCUCCUGCCCCCGCGGAUGACCAAGCCCGUCGAGCACCGCCUCAUCGGCUUUGACGGCUGCUUCACCUGGGCAUGGGAUCACCAUGAUAUUAUUUCAGUUAAACCAGAGUACAAUGACAGCAGCAGAUGCUCAACUAGUGCUCGUUUGGCAUCAAUUGCUCCUUACAGUGGCAGGAAGGAAACUUCUGUCUAUGCCACUGAUAUUAUUAGUGGAAUCACAAUACAUUGCAAAGUUUUUGUUGACAGAAUCUCUCGGAUCAGGAUUUUCCAUCAUGCUGUAAAAAUUGACCUAGAUGAAGUUGCCACCUUGCGUGUUCAUGCCUUUGAUGAUGAAGACAAUGUGUUCUCAUCAUUGGUGGGGUUACAAUUCCUGUGGCAGCUUACCCCGAGGUGGGUUGAUACUAAUAGCCAUCAUCUGGUUCAUAUUCCAUUGAAAGAAACACAUUUAAGUGACUGCAGUGGCUUUUGUGGUGAUAUGAAUAUACGAUUUGAGCUUGAAGACAGGAAUCUUGGUUCAGAUUUAUUUGUGGUCAAGGGCAUUGAGAUUGGCCAAGAGGUUGUUAAUGCCCAGUUAUUUGAACCUCAGUUUGAACAUGUGAAUGAUACAAUCACUUUAACUGUUGCUGAAGCUAUGUCACUAGAGCCCCCUUCACCAGUCCUUGUGACCGUCGGUGCUAUGGUAAAGUUCAAACUCAAGGUUUUUCGACAAAAAGUUCCCCAAGUUGUUAACUUACCAUCACAGCAUCAUCAUUGGCAUGUGACAAACUCUUCUGUGGCCCAAGUGGAUAGUUCCUUGGGUGUCUUACAUGCUUUGAGUUUGGGAUUUACUAAUAUUGUUGUUGAAGACACAAGGGUUUCUGGCCAUGCACAAGUAUCAUCUCUACAUGUUGUUAUUCCACAAGCACUCUUCCUUUAUCUAGUUCCGGUUGUGGACGACUCUGCUCAUUUUCAUGGGAUAACAAGUAUUCCAUCUUCAGAAGUUUGGUAUGUCUUUCCUGGACGAAAAUAUGUGGUCCUUGCUAAAGCUUUUGCUGAGGGAUUUGAUUUCAAGGAGAUGUUUAUUACUGAGGAAAAUGAGCUUAAAUUGGCGAGCAGUACUGUGGAGUUCUGGAACUUAUCACAGGUUCCAGACAGUUCUGCAGGUUCCUACGAAGUGCAAACAUCUAGAUUACUAACUCCAAUUUCCAAGGGAAAAGGAUACUUAGAUGCUUUUUUAACUUACCGAACAGAGGCAUCUGGACCAGCAAAGGUUCUCAAGCUUCAACAAGAAGUUAAUGUAUGCAGUAAAGUGAAAGCCAUAUGGGAUGAAGAAAUGGAUAAUUCCAGAACUAUCUAUCUUCCCUGGGUUCCUGGAGCUUAUCAGGAAGUUGAACUGAAGGCAGUUGGAGGUUGUGGCAAGAUGCCGGAGGACUACAAGCUAUCUUCCUCUGAUGAAAGUGUUGCUUCUGUGUCCGACUCACUGAUUGUGCGCACAAAAAGGCCUGGUCGAGCUGUCAUCAAAGUAGUUUCUGUUUUUGAUGCCUUAAAUUUUGAUGAGGUCACUGUUGAAGUAUCCACUCCUUCUGCACAGGCUAUCUUGCCAAACUUUCCUGUUGAAGUGCCUGUCGGGACACAACUUCAAGCUGCUGUGACGUUGAAAACAUCUAAUGGACACCCAUUCUCGCGAUGUGAUUGCCUUAAUGCUUUUAUAAGGUGGAGCCUACUAUCUGAGAAUGAAUCUUUUGUAGUUGUUGGCACAGCUGAUGCUUUGAGCACCGAAACCUUAAAGCAUUAUGCUGGUUCUUGGGCACAAUAUGGCAAUCCUUGUGCUUGGGUAUCUCUAAAUGCGUCGGCUGCUGGUCAAGCCACACUAGUUGCAACAUUUUCCUUUGAUUCAGAGUCCUAUUCUGAGAUUUUUAGUGGACCUAUUUUUCUUAAGUCCACUUCUAAAAUAUCUGCAUACUAUCCUCUUGUGGUACUUCAAGCAGGAAGUGGGAACCGAUUUGGUGGCUAUUGGGUUGACUUAUCUAGAAUACAUAGUGGAAUUCAGAAUAUGGUUAACAAUUCUCCCAAAGAGCUGUACUUAGUUCCUGGAUCAACCAUGGAUGUAUUUCUCUCUGGAGGGCCGGAACAAUGGGAUCAACUGGUCGAUUUUGUUGAAACUGUUGAUGUUAUUGGUGAAUCAAAAAAUUAUGUUGUUAGCUCUACUGCUGUACAAAAAUUAUCCAGUAGGCUAUACCGAGUAUCCUGCCCAAGCAAAGGGAACUUUAAACUGCUGUUCUCACGUGGAAACAUGAUUGGAAAAGAUCAUCCUGUGCCUGCUGUAAGCCAAUCAGAGUUGGCAGUUGUUUGUGACUUCCCGUCAGCCAUAACAUUGAUCGCGAAUGAAAAUGAAAGCCGACUUGUUAUUUUGGAAGCUGCAAGCAGAGCUGAACGUAAGCACAAUAGACUGCAAGCAUCACCUGUUGUAAUCUCAAAUGGAAGAAACAUGCGUCUAGCUGCUGCUGGUGUACAUGGAAAUGGAAGAUUUUUUGCCAAUUCUUCUUCUCUUUGCCUGAGUUGGGAGGUCACUGAAUGUGAAGGACUUGCCUACUUGGACGAAGACAAAGACAUGUUAGAUGACUCAUCCUGGGAGAGAUUUCUUGUCCUACAGAAUUCUACUGGAAUGUGCACUGUCCGUGCUACAGUCAUUGGCUUUUCUUCAAGAGUGGAUGGCCGGACCCGUGAAGAAGAGCACAUGUUUCUUCAAAGCGCACGUGAUACUCUCACCGAUGCUAUUCAGUUGCAGAUUGUUUCUUCCUUACGAGUCACUCCGGAUUAUGUCUUGAUAGUUUUUCAUCCAGAAGCACAGGAAACCUUAGCUGUUAGUGGUGGAACAUGUUUCCUAGAUGCCUCUAGCAAUGACACGCAGGUGGUGCAAAUACUUCAACAUCCAGGAAAGGCACUAUGUUCUCAGUUGAUUCUUGGUGCUAGAGGCUUGGGCACUGCUACAGUUACAAUCCAGGACAUUGGCCUUUCUCCUAGAGCAUUAACUGAUUCUUUGGUUCGAGUUGCAAAUGUUGACUGGAUUAAGAUAAACUCAGAAGAGCACAUCAGCCUUAUGGAAGGAAGCACAGAAGAUUUUCAUAUUUCUGCUGGAACGCAAGAUGGACAAGUCUUUAGAGAUUCUCAGUACAAAUACAUGGGAAUUGAAGUGCAUCUUGGUGAUGAGACUUUGGAACUUAUUAAUUCACAUGAGUUGCUGGACGGACCAAAAUUUUCAGUUAAAGCUGCGAAAAUUGGCACAACAUCUCUAUAUGUCACUGCUAAGCAAUACUCUGGUCAAAGAGUUUUGAGUCAGGUUGUCAAGGUGGAAGUGUACAAACCACUGCAAAUACAUCCAGAGUAUAUCUACCUCACACCGGGUGCCUCUUUUGUGCUUUCUGUAAAAGGUGGUCCAAAAGUUGGAGUUGUCAUUGAGUACACAAGUCUUAAUGUGGAAACUGUAGAAGUUCAAAAUUCUACUGGCAAGCUGUCUGCAAAGACUGUUGGAAACUCUACUAUGCGUGCAGUUGCUUUUUCAAAUGAAGGCACCUUCAUCUGUGAAGCUUUUGGAAGAGUUGAAGUGGAUAUCCCUGUGGCUAUGAUAUUGAGUACUCAAAGUGACCGUCUUUGUGUUGGUUGCAGCAUGCCCAUCUACCCUUCUCUGCCCAAGGGAGAUCUAUUUUCCUUUUAUGAAACUUGCCAAAGUUACACUUGGGUUAUAGAAGAUGACAAGGUGGCUAUGUUUCAAUUAGCUAGAUCUUGGCAGUAUGGACUUGAUCAAGGGCUAUAUUCGGAAGGAAAGAACUAUCCAUGGUUUUCGAAUGGAAGUAGCAAUGCUUUUAUUAAUCAUGUGAUUGGAAGAUCUGCUGGGAAAACCAAAAUUUCUGUGUCAAUUACUUGUGAUUUCUUGAUGACUGGCAGUUCUGGGUCCAUAGCUUACAGUGCAUCCAAGACAAUUCUUGUUGUGCCAGAUCCUCCUCUCGCACUUGGACUUCCUAUAACAUGGUUAUUCCCACCCUUUUAUACUACUACGGACCUUUUACCUAGAUCAGUUGACCCAGACUCAGAUGACCUGGAGAGUACUAUUGGAUAUUCUCUGCUAAGGAACAUUGGUAAAAGUGAUCUUGUUUUGCAAAAUGCUAACAUUAUUGAUGGAAGUAAAAUUAGGACUGGAGAAAGCAAUGCGAUUGAUUGCAUUCAGGCAAAGGAUCACUCAACUGGUAGAACAGAAAUUGCAUCGUGCCUACGAGUUGCUGAGGUUGCACAAGCACAGAUAGCAGCUGCAGAAUCAUCAAUCCAUAUAGCCUAUCUUUCUGUACAUGAUAAAGUUGAGUUGGAUAUAAAAUACAGUGAUGAAUUAGGUUAUACCUUCAGUGAAGCACUUGGAAUAGUCCCUGUAAAGAUUGAGACGAAUCAUCCUGAUGUCGUGUCAAUUCUUAUGCCAAAAGAAGGCAAUGGUACACAUGGUACCCAUGAACGUUUUGUGUUACAGGCAAGAAGUCAUGGAACUGCUCUUGUAAGGUUGCAAAUCAGCCAUAUUCCCAAGAAAGCCGAUUUCAUAAUGGUAUCUGUUGGUGCACAGAUGUAUCCCAGGGAUGUGGUCCUUCGUUCUGGGCAGCAACUGAACUUCACCAUUAUUGGAGACCGGAUGGAUGUGCGUGGAUCCAGUCAGUGGUUAAGUAGCAAUGAAAAAGUUGUGCAUAUUAAUAGAAUAACCGGUGAAGCACAAGCACGUGGUGAAGGUAUAGCAGAAGUAAUAUUCAAAGGUCCAAAUACAAAACUGCACACAACUGUCACCGUGCUGAAGGUGAACCAGAUAGUAGUUAAUGCUCCUGCGGAGACGCUGACAAAUGCUGCUGGACCACCUGGUGGAUACAAGUUCUCUGUAAAAUUAAGAAGUGAUUCAACUGGACACAGCGCAGACUCCUCUAUCAAUCACAUUAACGUCCCAUUUGACUGCAAGGUUGAACCUUCUUUUGUUGGGUUUGUUGAGCCGUGGAGUGAUGAUGCUGCUAAAAAAUCUUACUGCUUAUUUCAUCCAUAUUCACCUGCGCAACUGUUGCCUGUUAAGUUAAACCUGAAGGAAGGAUUUUUACACAUUGUUGUUCAUGCAAAUCUAAAAGAAGAUCCAAAGGUGACAGGAUCUGCUCACGCCCUCUUUGUCAAAGGGUUCUACAUUAAAGAACCUAGGAAGUUAAAUCUGACUCCAAGCUGCAACCAUAGCAUCAUCACUAUUGGUGGGAAUACUGAUGUUGAGUUAUUCUGGAAUGCUAAAGAUUUACUGUCAGCCAGUCGUGUUGAUACAAAUGGAAGAGGUGUUCCAAGUCAAAUUAGUUAUCAGGUUGAAGCACUUAAAAGGCAAUCAUUCUAUGACAAGAUCACUAUAAUUCUUCCAGCCACCGGCCAGACUGAAGAAAUAGAAGUUAUCUAUGACACUGGAGAAAGAAGAGAGCCAUCGACAUCAGGCUUGACAACAUUGGCUGCAAUCGUGACAUGCAUUGUUGUUCCAAUCGCUACGAUUGCGCUCUUCAUGAAGUUGCUGGAGAAGAAACCGAUCAGAGAGGCACCACCAAGACACGCGACUCCUGCGCCUGCGUCAGCACCAGCAGCCGCGAUGGCUGACCCAGCGUCCCCAGCUACUGGUGAGUUGUCACCUCGUACGCCUCAGCCGUUCAUGGAGUACGUGAGGAGGACCAUCGACGACACGCCCUACUACAAGCGCGACGCCAGGAGGCGAUUCAACCCCCAGAACACGUACUGAUCAAAGCGCAUGCAGCCUGGGUAAUCUGUGGCUUUUGUGCCUGCAUUUUGCCCAAAUGGUAGAUAUGGUUAGACGGUAGUACGUAGCUGGCAGAGAGACUAUAGUAAUGUGCUUGGACGUGCAUGCCGGAAGAUCUACCGAUGAGCUUUAUGCUGUCAUUUUUCUGAUGUCGACAGCAUCAUGUAUCUCUCUGUAUCAUCAAUUGGUGAUCUGCCGAUCCCAUUUCCUGUUAAAAAGGAAUCGUAGGGAACUCGUGUUGUACAGUUCUCCUAGGUACAUUGCCUGUGUUAGGCUUGUAAUUGGGGCAGACCGAACGAACAAUUGAGUGAGUGAUACUGAUGGAUGCCAAAUGUAGGAGGAUGUUUAAACCCAGCAAUCGUUCUCUUUGGGCAUAGUGAUACUGAUGGUGAUCUGUAGGAGGAUAUUUAAAAAUUUUUGAACCCAA